CUCUUUAAAUGUGAUAUCUAUGUUUUACAUCAUCUGUUCAGUAUCACGCUCUUGGUUUUUAGGGCAGCAGAAUCGCAUCUGACUACAAUUAACCAAUCGUUACUGAUGGCUGAAUUCGGUGAUGAGGAGGCAGGUCCUCCUGACGAACAGUCUCAGUGUCCCACCUGUAAAAGAACAUUCUUCCCGAAAGUCCUGGAGAAGCAUUACAAAAUCUGCCAGAAGUCUGCUGCUAAACGGAGGAAGGUUUUUGAUUCCAGCAGGCAGAGAGCAGCUGGAACAGACAUCCCCACGCUCAAACCUCUAAAGCCAGUGUCACAAAGUUCAUCUUCUUCUCAGAAAGCAGAACCGCCAAAAAAGCCAUCCAAUUGGCGCAAGAAACAUGAGGACUUUAUCGCGGCCAUCCAGGCAUCCAAGGCCAGCAUGAAGGCCAUGAAGGAAGGCGGGCCUUUGCCCCCGCCGCCUCCUCCUUCAUACGACCCAGACCUAAUCCAGUGUCCUUAUUGUCAGCGGAGGUUCAACGAAAGUGCCGCGCAAGGACACAUUAAGUUCUGUCAGGAUCAGGCUGCCAGGAUGGGUAACAGGAACAAGUUAGGUGACGUCAGGAAGCCUCUCCGCGCACAGUACAAGCCACCUCCUCCUAUCAAAAAGGUGAAUUCCGCAGCGUCAACCAUCUCUUCAGCCUCAUCACGUCUACCUCAGAGAUCAAGCCUUGCCUCGACAACUGGAGUGCCUUCUGCUAAGGUUUCCCCCGCAGCUUCAAUGAGGACAAAUCCAUCUGGGAUCACGAGUCCUGCUUCUGGUGUGGGAAUUAGGAACCGAGUAGUGGGUUCUGGAUACAACCCGAUGAGAAAUACGACACCCGGAAAAGUACCGCUUAACAAGAAGAAACAAGAAGAUGCUUGCAUAACAAGGAAUGACAUCGAUGGCAGUAACGUUAUGGGCAACGGGGAACUAAAGAAGUUUUGUCACUCAUGCGGGACCAAGUAUCCUAUAGAAGCUGCAAAAUACUGCUGCGAGUGCGGCAUCAGAAGGUUGUGUAUUUGACAUCAAGUACUAAUUGAAAUGUGUAUGUCGAAGGCAUAGGCUUACAAAUGUAUUCAUAUUUUCACCUGUCAUUUCAGCCCCAAAACCUUGAUCAAAAGUCUCAAUUUGUGCUGAUGAGUAUUAUUUAAUUGCUCAAAAUACCUUUUGGCUUUGAUGUCAUAGUGCUUCUAUAUAUAAUGCUGUGAAAAACACAGAAAUCAAUCAUUUCUCACGGCAUUGCAAGUUAAACACUUGAUGGGUGGAUAUCCACUCCAGAAAAAAAACUACGCAAAAAGAACAUUAACUGUUUCAUGUUAUUAUUAAAACCCAUGUAUGAAUUUAGUAUUUAAAGUGUAAAGAACAGAACUGCAAGACUGUAGUCAGGACAUACACGUUUAUCAAUAUCUACAAAGUGGUUGCAAUUCAAAAUAUCAUUAAUAUAAGUAUGACAAAAAAAAAAGAUUAUGGCAAUAAUAGCCAGACGUUACAUCGACUUUUGCAAAAGCAAUGUCUGCUAUGGCUGAAUCCUCAGUCACUUUACACACAGUUUGUUCCUUUCAAUCAGGGCAGUGUUACUGAUCCAUAAGAUGAAUACGCUUUUUAAUUUUGUUUUUUUAAAAUAUUAUUUUAUAGACCGGAAUCAAGUACCUUUUUACUUUUAAUGCUGAUAAAUAAAUGUAGCAUUCCGUGUAGUACUUUGCUAGUGCGUUAUUUAUUCUGUCCUUAUUUCAGCUCAUUUUACUGGAUCAUUGUUGAGUUUGUUUAUAUUGUAGUGAAUGUCCUUUUUUUUCCUUCUUUUUUUAAAUAUAAAAAUGUACCAAAACAUGUUGCACUGUUCCCUUCCCCCUUUUCAUUGGUAUUCUAUGGAGCCACAGACAUGACAUAAAUGGAAAAAAAAAUUAACUCUUGCGCACGCUCAAAUUGUUUAUGUACAUGAACUACUACAUUGUGCCCACGAGCUACUAUUUUGUGUGAACGAACUUAUGGAGCGGCUCCGGAAAUUUUAAACUAUCUGGUGCGCACCAGAUAGUAUGUGGUGUGCGCUUAAAACUAUCGGACGCGUACCUGUUAGUAUGUCAUGCGCACUAGAAACUGUCUGGUGCGCACCAGACAGUAUGUGGUGCACGCUAAAACUAUCUGGUAUACAUAAGCUUGUAUGUGGUGCACGCUAAAAACGAUCUGGUGCGCACAAGAUAGUAUGUGGUGUGCGCUUAAAACUAUCAGACGCGUACCUGUUAGUAUGUCAUGCGCACUAGAAACUAUCUGAGGCACACCAGACAGUUUGUGGUGCACGCUAAAACUAUCUGGUAUACAUCUGCUUGUAUGUGGUGCGCGCUAAAAACUCUGGUGUGCACUAGAUAGUUUUUAGCGUGCACCACAUACUAUCUGACGCACACCUGACAGUAUGUGGUGCGCAUCAAACUAUAUUCUGCGCACAAGAAACAGUUGGGUGCGCAUAGUAAGUGGUGCGCACUGGAUAGUAUGUGGUGUGCACUAGAUAGUAUGUGGCGCGCACUAGAAGCUAUCUGACGCACACCUGAUGGUACACACCUGGUGCGCACAGUAAGUGGUGCGCACUACAAAUUUCUGGUGUGCACUAGAUUGUAUGUGGUGCGCACGAGAAAUUAGUGUGCUCACGAAAGUUGGGUGCACAUAAGAUAGUAUGUGGUGCGCACUGCAAAUAUCUGGUGCGCACCAGAUAGUACUUGGUGCACGCUAAAAACUAGUGCGCAAGACAUCGUAUGUGGUGCACGCUAAAAACUAUGACGCACACCUGAUAGCAUGUGGGACGCAUUAGAAACUAUGGUGCGGACAAGAAACAUUUGGGUGCGCAUAGUAAGUGGUGCGCAAUAGAAACUAUCUGGUGCGCACAAGAAAAAGUUGGGUGCACACCAGCUAGUAUGUGGUGCGCACUAGAAACUACUGUAUCUGGUGCGCACAAGAAGCAGUAUGGUGUGCACCAGAUUGUAUGCGGUGUGUGUGCUACAAAUAUCUGGUGCGCACCAGAUAGUACUUGGAGCACGCUAAAAACUAUCUAGUGCGCAAGACAUAGUAUGUGGUGCACGCUAAAAACUAUGAUGCACACCUGAUGGCAUGUGGGGCGCAUUAGAAACUAUGGUGCGCACAAGAAACAGUAUGGUGUGCACCAGUUAGUAUGUGGUGUGUGCUCAAAACUAUCUGACGCACACCUGGUAGUAUGUGGUGCGCACUAGAAACUAUCUGGUGCGCACAAGAAAGUCGGGUGCGAACCUGAUAAUAUGUGGUGCGCACUAGAAACCAUCUGGUGAGCACAAGAAACAGUUGGCUGCGCACCAGAGAGUAUGUGGUGUACGCUAAAAACUAUCUGGUGCGCACGAGAAAACUAUUGGUUUUCGAUAAUGGUUUGGUUAUUGAUAACGCAGUAAUAUCUUUAUAGUUGAGUCCAAGAUUGAAGUAAAGCUUAACUAAAUCCUGUAUUAUCAUUUUUAGCACGCCAAAACUGCUGCCGUCCGAUGCGCACCACCUGGUUUAACUUUAUUUCUGUUGAUGUCCCUUUAGGGCUCCGUACGAACUAGUAGUUUGUGCGAACAAGUUCGCACUUUGUGCGCAUGAGUUAAUAGUUCGUGCACACCAAGUAUUUCUUUCUUGUGCACGAAAUCAUUACACUAAGCUCACAAAGGGACCUUAUGGGACACGAGGGUAAGGCUGACAAUGAGCCAAAAUAAUGGACGAGAAUAUCACGCGAAAUGAACCUACACCAGCGAUUCCCUCAUUGUAUUUGCAGUAGGGUUGUUCCGAUCAUGUUUGUUUGCUCCCGAUCCGAUCGUUUUGAGUAUCUGCCGAUCCCGAUAUUUCCCGAUCCGAUUUUUUAUUUUUUUUGCUCUCAAUUCAAUUCCAAUCAAUCCCGAUAAUUUUUUCCGAUCAUAUACAUUUUGGCAAUGCAUUAAGAAAAAAAUGAAUAAAACUCGGACGAAUAUAUACAUUCAACAUACAGUACAUAAGUACUGUAUUUGUUUAUUAUGACAACAAAUCCUCAAGAUGGCAUUCACAUUAUUAACAUUCUUUCUGUGAGAGGGAUUCACAGAUAGAAAGACUUGUGACUUUGUAUAUUGUGACUAAAUAUUGCCAUCUAGUGUAUUUGUUGAGCUUUCAGUAAAUGAUACUGUAGCCAUGCCCAAAUGCAUGAUGGGAAGUGGAACCAUGACUGUGCGUAGUGCUACCAAUUGAUAUAUCUUCUCUGCGUUGGGAAAUAACAUAAGGUGUUAAGAAAAAGAUCAAUUGCUACCUUGCUUCCCCACAUUGCUUUCCCAUGAUAUUUCUAAUCGCAGGGAGAGGGAUUGUAAGGCUUUAGCCAAUUAAAAAAAGGGCUCCAAAGGCUGCCAAAAUUCACUCUACUCAUUUUACGCUGCCUUUUAUCUCUCUAUAUAGGUAAAACGGCGCCAUUACAGAUUGAGCGCGACAAUGCGUGGGUGGGUCGUGCAGUGCAUGCAUUAAUUGCGUUAAAUAUUUUAACUAGGGCUGUCAAACGAUUACAUUUUUUAAUCGAGUUAAUUACAGCUUAAAAAUGAAUUAAUCGUAAUUAAUCGCAAUUAAUCGCAAUUCAAACCAUCUAUAAAAUAUGCCAUAUUUUUUUCUGUAAAUUAUUUAUAUAUUCUGUAAAAUAAAUUGUUGGAAUGGAAAGAUAAGACACAAGAUGGAUAUAUACAUUCAACAUACGGUACAUAAGGACUGCAGUGGGCAUUUCACUCUACUGUCAUUUAAAUCUGUCUAUGCUGUCCUCACUCCGAAGCGUCUACUUUUUCCAAAACUGGACAGCUAGUGAACGACACCUUAAUAAUCAGACUUCUUCCUUUUUCAUCUGAUUUAUUAAUAAAAUGGCCUCAAACCAUUGUCCUCUUUAGACCGUCGUAAAACUACAAAAAAAAAGUACACAAGCAUUGCAUUAGCAACUACGUUAACUUAGCACGCUAUACAGGUUCACUAAACAUAAACAAAAAGCGUCUCAUACAAAAAAUAUAACAUCUCGCUUACUAACAUAAUAUGUACAUUCUUUACAACAACCAUACUUACGGACAAAUCUUGUCCAAGAAUCAUAUAAGCACAACAUUACAACGUAGGCGUCAGCCCGAGACGUCGUGCAGCCAUAUUGAACAGGCAAGAAAACAAUAAACCAUGUCGCAAAGCGACCACAAGAGUUCGCUGUUAGACAGCACAAAAAGCCUUGCUGUAAAACUUACCAAAAGGCAGAAUACUGUUUGAGCGGGACAUGUGCGUUAAUUGCGUCAAAUAUUUUAACGCGAUCAUUUAAAAAAAUUAAUUACCGCGCGUUAACGCGAUAAUUUUGACAGCCCUAAUUUCAACGUGAUACAUUUUUUAAAAAAUUAAUUACUGCCGGUAUCGGGAUAAAUUUGAUAACCCUACCUUAAGCCUAAACUAAAGACUCUGGCUGAGUGUAACAUACUAUGUUUGUAACGUUAAAUACAAUUGGAAAACAAUUUAAUUUAAAAAAAAAUAUAUAUAUACAGUAUAUUAAAAAAAGGCAUGGCCGAUAUUUUUUUUGCCGAUUCCGAUACUUUGAAAAUGACGUGAUCGGACCUGAUCGAUCGGCAUCUCUAGUUUCCAUUGCUCUUUAAGUGUCCUUAAGCAGUGGGUUCACAUACUUACUUAGUGUUUGCAUGCUAUCCUCAUUAAAAUAAGAAAAACUAUAAAUAUUGGGGGGUUUUAGUUGAAGCAGAUACUUUAUUUUCAUCUGUGUGAUUUUGACAAAGAACAGCUCACAUUUGAUGGUGAUUCUAUGCAGAAAUGUGAGAAAUUCCAAAAGGAUUGCCGAUCGAUUGGGACAUCUCUAAUUUGCAGGUCAGGUGGCAUAGUAUGGGAGUCCAUAAAGAUGCGCUUGAUAUGUUUACCCUUGUGUCCCGUAUGGUGCUAAAUCUACUUCGUGAGCUCGCUGUAACGAUUUCGUGCACAUGAAAUAAAUACUUAGUGCGCAUGAACUAUCCUCUCAUUCGCACGAACAAGGGCGUUCACAAGAGGUCAUUUUUUUUCGUUCAUGUCAUGUUAUAGUAUUCAGUGUCCUGUAGGUCAAAUACUGCAUCAUAUGUUAUCGUCUUUGUAUAAUAGUUAAGGCUAUACUGUAUUCCAAAUGAAGUAGUUAACGGUUAACAUGUUUUGUUGGUUUUAUGUGCGAGAGUACACUCCAAAGAUGGUGGACAUAAUGCACUGAAAAUAGUAUGUUUUGUGUUCCAAUUUCUAAUGAAAAAUGAAAACAAUAUGAAUGGUUGUGAAUUGAUAUUGGUCGCUCUCAGUGUACUGAAAGCCCUGGCACCUUCAACCAUAGCUUAAUAUGCAUUUCGACUGCUUAGUAAACCCAAGUUCUUGCAUAACGUCUGAUGCAACAUGCGUAUUUAAGUCUCAGCUGCUUGUAUUACUCUUAGACUGUAGUCAAAGGCACAUGGAUGGUACGACAUUGACCUAAAAUGAUGUAAGAGUGACUUUUUACUGUUCGGGAAACCGAUAAGGACGAGUACUUUUCAUGCGUCAUGUUCUGAUAAUAAAAUUGUCAUGACUGUCUGUGAAAAUGCAUUCCUAGACACUAACUACAAGAAUUGUGUGUUUUUGCAGCUAAUGCUAUGUUGCUAGCUUCCAUCAGUAAACUUUUACGCAGUCAAACGUCUGAAUGUGUCCCAAAAAAACACACCAAAAGUUUUGUUAUAAAUAUAUUUUCCCAAACAAAUAGUGCUUAACAGUAUUUUUGUGUACAAACCAAAAAUUAAUCCCGACAACAUACAUUUAAGUACGUGGCAAUUUAACAAUUUGACCAUCCAAGAACAUUACUGAAGCGAUUAGGAGGACGUCAAAUGAGAACUUCUUGACGCUGUUGACCCGGAACAGCGUCGAGUCUGUUUUUAAACGCAGCCAUCUUUGUAAUAUUAGCUUUUAAAACAUGAGUCAUACGCGGUAAGUGAUCUGCUUUGUCGUCCGGACUUUUGGUUCCUAACCAGCCAUGCCACGUUAUCAGUAAAUGAUCAUUUAUUAUGGUUAUUACUGUUUUUUUUUUUUUAUAUCUCCGCCAGUGAAGUAUCAAGGCAAGCA